AAUUAAAUUCGAAAUAGCUGACAAAAUAAGGGCAUACUGUAAUCUUGAUUUUGUCAUCAAUUCCACAAAAGAGCAGUAACCCGAGUAACUACACGGGUUUUGAGCUCGGAACCGGUCGGGUAAUCGGGCUUUACCAGAAACAGUUUCAGUAGCUGCAUGAUGCAUACCAAAACAGGUCCUUCAUUGGCAAAAUCAUUUGAUUCCCAGAAAUACCUUAAGAGAAUCGGAUUAGGCAAAGAAGAUUAUCAUUUUUGGAAGAAAGUGGGAAAGGCGUUGCUGUGUACUUACACGUUGUUCGGGGUAGCAUGGGUGUGGAAUGAAACGUCGCCGCUUGGUUGGUGGACCUUGAAGCCAAAGCCCAAAGAAGAAAAAGAACUAGCACACCUUUAUGAACGCAGGAAAUUUCCGUAUCCAGGUGACGAGAAGGCAAUGGAAGAGUUCGUUGCCAAAGGUGGAAUGAUUGGCACUACAAUUGGUCCUAAAGGAAUCGUUGAAUCUGAUAAAGAUUCGUUUAAUUAUCAGAAAGUAUUGCAGGAUAAGAAAUUUGAACAAGAAGCCUUCAAGCUGUGGAUCAGGAUGAAGAAUGAAGUCAUUUCUGAGCUACAAAAGAAAGGAUUUGACGUAGAGUGAGUGAAUUUCUUUAAUUCUUGUAUUUUCUUUUGCAAAUUAGUAUGUAAGUAGUAUUGUAUUUUGGAUUCUAGAGUUGAACAUAUUUGUAGUGUGAGGAAUUAUGGAAUAAGAUUUUAACUAUUUUAGCUCA